GGACUCAGUCAUGGCGGUAUAAAUAAAUUGAACUGAGCUCAAAGCGACGAAAUCGAGCGGCGCAUCGAUGGUGGUGCGUUCAAGUUCAGGCGGAGCUGGCGACUUCACCGCUGAUUUCACGUUUUWAGCAACUUCUUCUGUGUUUUUUAAUUUUUUUUUUUAGGCUGUGAUGUGCUUGUUGUGUUCUGAUGGUAAAGUUGGGUGAAAAUCUGCAUCCCUGUGUGCAGCAGCAGCAUCACACUGCGCUCUGCAGCUGUCGCACUCAACACUGCAGCCUUUUUUUCCCCCCCUGCAGAAAACAGCUAUUUCCCCCCCACUCCUGGACCUUAAACCUCUGCUGUUGACAGAAGAGCAUCUUUUCAAACAUGACAGAUUCUGGACCUGAUGUGAUCAACCGGACGUCAGAGACCUGUAGAUCCAUUUCUUUGAACCACUUCUCAUUUUAACGCCAUUUAGCUGUCAUGGAGGAGAACAAGCUGAUCUUCAGCCUGGAUCGCCGUGAUGAUGGCCCCACUGUGGUCUUCUCGAAAGACAAAGUGCAUUCAAGGGAACACUGGUCUGACUGCAGCCUGGACAUAAGUCUAGACCUGAACCAAGGCCAGCGCUCCCAGCCUCUCCUGCUGCAUCACUCCCCCUCAUCCCCGGGCUCUUUAUCCGAUCUGUCAGCACCGUCAGCAGACCUGCUCAUCACCCCCGGACUGGUCAAAUCCUCCUCCACAGACCUGAAGGUAGAGGCAGAGAGCAGCGCACUGAGAGGCAAACCUCUCCUCAGUCUGGUCAAGUCCCUCAGCACGGAGAUCUCCCGUCGGGUCGAGCCUGAGGUUAAUCUCUCCAAGUCCGACUCCAAGCUGCAUUUACAGCCCUGGAAGCAGGUUACACACCCGAGGAUCCCUGAGGACAGGCCCGAAGGGGAGGAGCGGACUGAGAACGAGGACUGGAGGUCCCCUCCGUCCACAGGCAGCAUGUCUCCCACAGAACCUCGAGGCAGCUCGCUGAUCGCCGAGCUGGAGGACACGAGGAGGAAGUUCUCAGAGGCCAUGCAUGACCCGCUCAGCAUGCUGAGUAAGAUCAUGGGGGACGAGAGCUCRGGAAGCCCCAAGCAGAGGAGGGGCUCUGGUACAGGAGACUCUCCGUCCCUCCAGGGCGGCUGUGAAAAAGACGUCAUCAGUGAAGAUGCAGAUCUCAGGUGGAGGAGGAGAACCAACAGCGAGCACAGAGCUGAGUGUGAAACCCCGCUCCAAAAGCUUCAAAGGGAUCCAAUAAUCAAACCUUUCGCCUCCCCAGAACACCGCCCCCUCAGCAGAGACAGCCGUUUAGAAAUCUGCACCUACGGAGACGUUCUUCAAGUGGUGGAGCUCCAGAACGAACCCAGACCAACGCAUCAUCACAACACCCGGUCCCGAGUCACCUUGGCAGGUUCACCUCUGCCGCUUCACUGGCUCCUCCUUGUUGGCCUUCUAGUUUAUGGGCUCUUUGUGCUGCCUGUGCCUCCGUACGUGGCAGGCCUCUCUCUGGGGAUUGCAUGUGGCUUUAUGUUGGGCUUGGUCGUUGUGUUCAUGUUCGCCCCCCGACAAUCAGCUACCAGAAGCAAACAGGGGUCCCUAAACAAGACUAAACCUACGAGCAUGAAUCCACUGGAUGGAAAGCUCGGAGAUACAGAAAUCCUGGAGGGCUGGAUGAACGAGGCACCCGCCUACGAUCCGGAGACCUUCCACCCUUCCCUGACCCACUCGGUCUACGUGACCCUGGAGGGCAGCUGGCUGCACCUGGCCUACCCUUGUGCCAGCAUCCCCCGGUGGGCAGCUUUUGACGAGGCGCCGCAUGAGGCCGUGUUUUUGCGUUCCUGCACCUACCAGCUGGCCAACAGUAAGGUGUUUCUGGUGCCGCYUAAUUUAGCCCGUAAGAGGGUGUGGAACAAGAAGUAUCCCAUCUGCAUCACUCUGGCUGAAGGGGAGGUGGAGGAGGAGAGUCUGGAAGUACAGAAGGACGUGAAGAAGGCAGAGAAAACGUCCGACCCUCAGGUUCCUGUCACCCUCUACCUGUUUGGGCGCACCGGAAGAGAAAAGGAGGAAUGGUUCCAGCAUUUUGUGCUGGCCUCUAAAACUGAAGCACAAAGCGGCCCGAGUGAUGUGGAUAACACUGAAGCACAGAGCGGAGGAGAGGCUGGUAAAGAAAGCACACAAGAUCCGGCUGAGUUGCCGAAUAAGACAAGAACACUGUUGGACUACAGCACAUACAUGACGCAGCUGAYGGGCUCAGAAAAAUGUAAUCCGGCCUCCAGCCCCUGCCAUAGUAAUAAAGAAAGCCCCUCUGCAAGCAAAAAGGUUCACGCUGAAGACCGAGGUUCUGGGAGUGAAGCUGGAGCUGACCCAGGUGCAGAGUCCGAGUCAGGGACGUGCUCGGCAGAAGCUCAGCCCACCUGGGUGAACUCGCUKGUGGGGAGGAUUUUCUGGGACUUUCUCCGUGAGAAAUACUGGUCCGAUCAGGUGGCCCACAAGAUCCAGAAGAAACUCAGCAAGAUCAAGUUACCGUAUUUCAUGAAUGAGUUGACUCUGGCUGAUCUGAACAURGGCACCUGCCUCCCUCAGGUUUUAAGCACCUCCAAGCCUACGCUGGAUCGCAGAGGCCUGUGGCUGGAGAUGGAGCUGGUGUACACAGGCUGCAUUCAGAUGACCCUGGAGACGAAGAUGAACCUUUAUAAACUGGGUAAAGAGGGAGAGGGCGAAGCUCACGUCGUUCCCGAAACUCUGCAAGUGUGCUCCAAGCCGAGGCUKUGUAUAUUAGCAGAUAGUGACGAGGAGUCUUCCAGUGCGGGAUCCUCUGACGAAGAGGAAGCCCCCUCAUCUGAGCCACAGUCGUCUCAGGGAGAGAAAAAUACUUUAGUGGCAGCUGAUGGGCACACAGGUGGAAGCACAGGCAGGAAAAUCCUGAGAUUUGUGGACAAGAUAGCAAAAUCCAAAUACUUCCAGAAGGCCACGGAAAAUGAUUACAUCAAGAAGAAGAUAGCUGAGGUGUCCAACAUGCCCCUGAUGCUCAGCGUGGAGGUCCUGGAGCUUUCUGGAACUCUGGCCAUCAACAUCCCUCCUCCCCCCACCGACAGGAUCUGGUACAGUUUCCGAGUUCCUCCCAGGUUAGACCUUCAUGUGCGCCCCAUGCUCGGAGACAGGGAGGUCACCUUCACUCACGUGACCGAGUGGAUCGAGAAAAAGCUGCAGUGUGAGUUCCAGAAAGUGUUUGUUAUGCCCAACAUGGACGACCUGUAUUUGCCUCUGAUGACACCUGGCCAGGAGAACCCACCAGCAUCCCAGCAUUCCUCAGUGCACUCCUCAUCCCACCGGUCCUCCACAGAGUCUCAGGAGUACCUGUCAGAGUGGUCUGACCCCGAGGCCACAUACAUGAAGUAGUUCUUGUGCAGCUGUGGAUCAAAUGAGGGAUUGUGCAGCAGCUUGUUGGUUAUCCUGUGGUGCCUGGUGCCAGACUGAGGUCUUUUGAGGUCACACCGAGCUCAAGUCUGCAGGAGCGUGAGGAACAGAUACAGUGCCCCCUAUAAGGAAGUCUGACUGUUGAUCACCUACACAAAACAAGGAGUAACUGAUAACUGGUCUUUUAAAGAAAAAGAUUGAUCUUCUGCUCCUUUCUGUGCAGGAUUGUAAUGUUGAGCAAACUAGGAAGUUUGAUCAUGGAAACCCUGAUAAGAUCUUAUUUCUGUUAAACAAGUGACCAUGCUGCAUGACAUUUGUUGGAUUUCUCUGUGAAAAAUAAACUUAUUUAAA